AUGUCUCACUGUGUCGAUCUAUAUGUGGAGAAUAGCCUAGUAAAUGCAUUAUCUGAAAUAAAUAUUAUUUUCUUUUUCUAUCUAUCUAUCUAUCUAUCUAUCUAUCUAUCUAUCUAUCUAUCUAUCUAUCUAUCUAUGUCUGUUAAUAUCUAUCUAUCUAUGUCUGUUAAUAUCUAUCUAUCUCAUUCUUCUGUUCAUAUCUAUCUAUCUAUCUAUCUAUCUAUCUAUCUAUCUAUCUAUCUAUCUAUGUCUGUUAAUAUCUAUCUAUCUAUGUCUGUUAAUAUCUAUCUAUCUCAUUCUUCUGUUCAUAUCUAUCUAUCUAUAUAUCUAUCUAUCUAUCUAUCAUCUAAAUCUAUCUAUCUAUCUAUCUAUUCUGUUAAUAUCUAUCUAUCUAUGUCUGUUAAUAUCUAUCUAUCUCAUUCUUCUGUUCAUAUCUAUCUAUCUAUCUAUCUAUCUAUCUAUCUAUCUAUCUAUCUAUCUAUCUAUCUCAGCCGAGAAGAACCUCAGCAUCCUGGCGGACCCCUGAUUGAGCUCGUUCAACAAAGCCGCCGUCUUGACCUUUCUCGACUCCUUGGAGGCAUUCGUGAUGAGAAUGCGGCGAGACUUGCUGUAGGAGGAGCAAGCAAUGUCAACGGCGAUCUUGGUGUAGCUCUGGCUUCCAUCAUUGUCGAAUGUCUCCUUGACGGCGGCGACGAACUUGUCGGUCCUAACGGUCGAAGAACGAACGUUGUGGGCCUUUCGUAUGGCAGUAAACUCGUCCUUGUUCUCAUACGCCUUCCACUUCCUCCAAAUGUCCAUGACCAUAGUCCUCUUGAACCAAAACCAGGCCAUCACUUCCGCAGGCUUCUUCCCGGCGCGAAAAGAAGCUACUACCGCUGCUCUUCUGUUCACAUCUAUCAUCAUUUAUGUAUCAACCUGUCUCGGUCUUUUCAUAUCUAUCUAUCUAUCUAUCUAUCUAUCUAUCUUAGUUUAUUCAUAUUAUCUAUCUAUGAAAUCUAUCUAUCUAUCUAUCUAUCUAUCUAUUUCUGUUCAUUAUAUCUAUCUAUCUAUCUAUCUAUCUAUGAAUCUAUCUAUCUAUCUAUCUCAGUUUGUUCAUAUCUAUCUAAUCUUAUCUAUCUGGAAUCUAUCUAUCUAUCUAUCUAUCUAUCUUUUAUUAAAACUUGA